CUGGGGUCAAUAUGACUAGCAGUGAGUCGGACGCAGCUUUUGCGUACCAUGAGCCAAGUAUCUCCACUCUUCUCAAUCAGGGCGGAUUACUUGUGGUGUUGAACCUCAUCAAUGUCUGUCUUGAUAAACUACUGUACUGUGGACUGAUCGGUCAACUGUUCAUUGGUAUUCUCUGGGGAACCCCGGGGGCAAAAUGGCUGGAUACGGAGACUGAAAGAGUAAUCCAGCAACUGGGCUAUAUUGGCCUUAUUAUGCUGGUGUAUGAAGGUGGCCUCUCAACGUCAAUCAAAUCGAUGAGAGCCAACCUCCUUAUCUCGCUAUGCGUUGCACUCACUGGAAUUGGGGUCCCUAUGGCCUUGUCGCUCAUCUUAAUGAAGCUGGUUUCCGCGAGUCCUCUUCAGGCUUUCGCUGCAGGCGCGUCUCUCAGCGCAACCAGUCUUGGCACCACUUUUACCAUUCUAUCAACUACUAAUCUAAUCCCUACACGCCUUGGUACUGUCACUACAAGUGCUGCCAUGUUAGACGAUGUUGUGGGUCUUGUCAUGGUCCAAAUAAUCUCAAAUCUCGGUGGUGGUACGUCGUCGUUCAACGUCGUCACUGUGAUCCGACCCUUGUUUGUCUCCAUCGGCUUUGCAUUAGGUGUCUUUAUCCUGUGCGCAUUCUGCUUCAAGCCAAUCCUGAAAAGGACUCUCAAUAUGAGAGGUAAUAUGCCACAAUGCAUGGGCACCAUGGAAUUUGCUUUCCUUGCGCAGACGUCUGUGCUGGUAGGACUCGUGGCUGGUGCUACCUAUGCAGGAACCUCCAGCUUAUUCGCAGCGUAUCUUGCGGGAGUGAUCACUUCUUGGUUUGAUGGAUUGGCUGCCGAUAUAUGCGGUAUAAAUGCUAAUAAGGCUCAUAAUAUGCCAGUGUCAGAGUCGGGGGUGCUAGGGGAGCAGACUACUUCUGAACAGUCCACAUCUCAGGAUCUUUCAAACAACAGUACUCCAGACACACGACAGACACAUCCGUGCAGACCACAUAUAAAGGUACCGACCGGUAUCGAAGUAUAUGAGAAGUACUACCGGGAGCCUGUGAAUCGCAUCCUGCUCCCAUUGUUCUUCGCCUCCAUCGGCUUUGCUAUACCUAUCACCAAGAUGUUCCGCGGAGAUGUUGUAUGGCGCGGUGUCAUUUACGCCAUUCUCAUGAUGUUUGGGAAGAUGGUCACCGGUCUAUGGCUCGUUCGUUCCUCACUACCUUCAGCAACUACUCUGAUAUCCAUCCUUGGGAGAUCAUUAUCUCGGGCUCUUGUCUCGUGUGCCUCUCGUAAAACCGAGGACAAGAGAAAGAAGCAGUCAAAGGAGCAGGGUUCCCGUCCUAGAAUCCAAUCUGCAGUUCGUACAGAACAGUCCGAUCAGAAUACAAAUGCUACUAAUCUGGACCAAAGCAGGGGAAAUUCUCCCAGUCCCAACCAAAAUGAGCCUGUGUCUGGAACAGAACCUCAAAACCCGUCAGCAAGUCCCAGCAGAACCAUGUCUCUCCCUCCCAAACCGAAAUCGCUCUAUCCUCCGUUUAUCCUCGGGCUAGCAAUGGUUGCUCGAGGUGAAGUCGGGUACCUCAUUGCUUCCCUCGCAGAGAGUCAGGGGUUGUUUUCCAGCGGGUCCAAUGGCGAGAUUUCGGAGAUAUAUUUGGUGGAUCCCAAUGAACGUCGUCGGUUGGCCCUCGCACGUAUCGAUGACGCUCCUUUUGGAUGGCGCCACGCUCGCGCGAUCGUUGUAGCCGGGGUGGGCCUCUUUACCGACUCGUACGAUAUUUUUGCCAUAAACCUCUGCUCAAGCAUGCUGGGUGUUGUCUUUUGGCAGCAUGCUACCACCCGCCCUGGCAAGAUGCCAUACAGCUCGGACACUGCCAUCAAGGUCUCCACCUCAGCUGGUACCGUCAUCGACCAGUUGUUCUUUGGUUGGCUGGUAGAUAUUGUCGGUCGCAAGCGCAUGUACGGGAUCGAGCUGAUCAUCAUCAUACUGGCUACAUUGGCACAAUGUCUGUCCUCAAAUUCUCCUGCGGUGUCUAUCACAGGCCUUCUGGUCUUCUGGCGUACAGUCAUGGGUAUCGGAAUUGGAGGUGACUAUCCAUUAUCAUCAAUCAUAACUUCAGAGUUUGCGAAUACAAAGCAUAGAGGAGCCAUGAUGGGAGCUGUCUUUGCCAUGCAGGGCUUUAGACAGUUCGCUGCCGCAAUUGUUGCGCUAAUUGUGACUGUAGGUUUCAAAGGCUCCCUGGAGUCUGCAGCCUCUGUGAGUAAAUGCAGUGGAGUCUGUCAGCUGGCCGUGGAUAAAAUAGAUCUGCUCAAGGCUGAUGAAGACGUCGAAGCCUACAUCCUGGGGAAACACGAAGGUCAUCCUGAUGAGGUUAAACGGGUAGCUGUGCUUCAAAACGCCGAUAUCAGACUACGGACUCCAAGAGCAAGCUGGUCGGACUUUCGUUCGCAUUUUACCACAUGGAAGCAUGGAAAGGUGUUGCUCGGCACUGCGGGAUCGUGGUUCUUCCUUGACGUUGCGUUCUACGGACUUGGACUCAACAAUUCCAUCAUUUUGACGGCCAUCGGCUGGAACGGCGGGGGAUAUUGGGUAACGGUUGCCACAGUCGACCGGCUAGGCCGCAAGCCAAUUCAGAUUACCGGAUUUGUGAUAUUGACCAUUAUAUUUAUCGUUAUCGGAUUCGCGUAUGAGCCGCUGAAGAAGUCCGACCACGGAUUAUUGGCAUUGUAUGUAGUGGCACAGUUCUUCUUCAACUUUGGACCUAACGCCACCACGUUCAUUGUGCCCGGGGAAUGCUUCCCUACGCGGUAUCGGUCAACUUCGCAUGGUAUCAGUGCUGCCGCUGGAAAGGUCGGGGCCAUCAUUGCGCAGUGUGUAUUUGGGCCGCUAGCGCAUCGGGGGGCCAAGGGAGGCGUCAACUCGUCCGAUACGCCGUGGCUUAAUCAUGUAAUGCAGAUAUUUGCGCUAUUCAUGUUGUUUGGGUGCUUAACCUCGCUACUCAUCCCAGAGACGAAACGGCUGACGCUGGAGUAUCUGUCUGGGGAGGAAUCUACACCCACACCGACGGUCACUCCCUCUCGGCAAGAGCGGGAGCCGAAACGAGACGAAGAAACGAGGGAACGGUGA